AUGUCGAGACCCUUCUUCUUCUCCCAGCCAUUCCGCUACAUGCGAUGGGCUUCCUACGAGAAGCCAGCUAUCUUCUAUUCCAUCGUUCUCGGCUCUCUCGGACCCGUAGCGCUCUUCACUCUUCCCCCUAUCAGACGAUACUUCGGUGACGUUGACCCCGCGGAAAUUCCUUUCUCAUAUCCAGUCCCUGCCGGCCCAAGAAAGAUACCUCAAGGAUACGAUGACGAGUAG